AUGAAGAUUGUAAUUCUGCUCCUCUCUCUUCUGGGACUGACAUUCUCCUUACCAGUCAAACAAUUUGGUAGAUACCUUGCUACAAGCAACAGUAGAGAAAUAUUACGACUGAUGCAAAGGUACAAAGCCAUGGGAAACAUUCCACAGCAGACACAGCCAAGGCCAAAUCCUGGGGCUGGACUGCCUCCAGCGAAACUGGUCCCAGAUCAGAAUACAUUAACAAAUCAGCUGCCAAAUGAGAUUACUCCAUUUGAAUCGCCUUUUGCAAAUUUCCCAGUGUUUUCCUCAAAACUUCCAUCAGAGCUGGGAAGUCCGAAUGUGCAAAAUGUUCCUGCCUUCAACCUACCACUAACCCAGAUGUUACCAAUAGAUAUUAAUUAUCUUUCUGCUUUGUUAGCGGCAUUAUACUCAGCCCAGACCCUGCCCGUAACAGGCGGUGGAAUGACUGUACCACAGCAGCUGCUGCCACCACCACCAAUGUUUCCAAUUAUAUUUGCACAAAUGGGUCCACAGGGCGCAAUGCUCAGUUCUGAAGAAAUGACACCGUCACAGGUCUUUACUGGACUUCUUCUCCCUGGCAUGCAAGGAGCCUUGUUCCCUUCAGGCCAGUCUGAGGCCCUGCCUGAAGGUCAGGAGGAACUUCUUCCAGCAGGGCAGGCAGGAUCCAAUCAGGGCAACCCUCCGUUCCCAGAGGGCACAGCAGCGGGCAUCCAGAAGGCUGUGCCCACGAUGAACGAGGGCUUAAGCGAGGUGGCAACUGGCUCCUAUCCCACCCCCUCUGGCUUCAGGCAGCCAGGUGUUGUGACCAACAGCGUGUUUGCAGAGCCAACUGCUGGCAUGAAGAUGGAGCCAAGGGAACUCCGUGAGCCUCCGACGUCUCUCGUAAGACUCGAGAAGGGCAAUAAUCAGAAGCAUCACAACCCGUCUCGGUCACUUGUGAGAGGAGACAGCCAUGUGCCAACCACCACCGUGGAGAGCAAGCUCUUGAAAGAGCCAUAAAGGAAGACCAUCCAGUGCCAUCUCUUCGGUACACGGAUCGC